UUCACAGCGUUCAGUUCGUAACGAGAAGUCGCUUCGCGCGGUUUGGCGGCACAACCAAACACAAACAAAAACAAUUCUCACACACGCAUCCAUAUGCUCAUUUACACGCACGCAGACACACACACACACACACACUAGCGCACUAAUCGCAACACGCAAAAGCAAGCGCUAAAUGUAACUGUUGUUCAAAACAAAAAUAAAAACGAGGCCUACGAAGGCUAUAUAAAUAUCAGACAAAAAAGAAAAAAAAAACCGAAUUAAUAUAUUAAUAGAAAAACGUACUUCACGACAACAAACAGCAACAAAUCGCAGCAAAAGGCAAUUAAGGUGCUACAGCAAUAAAAAUGCCGACAACGUGAAGAGCGCGAAGCUUAACUGGCAAAGCCGCAGUGUGGACAGUUGGAACAUCAUUGCAGAUUAUUCAUAAGCCGCCGCUGGUGUCAAUAAAUCAAUAGCAAACUAAAGGCAACUGAUAAAAGUUAGAAGCAGCAGCAGCGGCAGCGGCAACGACUGCGACUGCGGCAGCAGCAGCGUCAGCUUGUUAGCGAUAUGUUGGCCACGCCCAGCGGCGGCACAGCGCCCACAAGUGACAACAAACUGAACAAUGGUUAUCUGCAGUCGAAUGCGCUCGAUGAGCUAAAUGCGACGGUCGUAUCGCCGCUGCUGGGUCAACAGCCGCAGCAGCAGCAACUGCAACAGCAGCAGCAACAGUUGCCACAGCAGCAGCAACAGCAACAGCAGCAGCAACAUAAGCUGCCAACUGUUGUGUUUCUCAGUCCGGAUGGGAGUGGACGCAAUGCAACUGUUGCUGCCUCAACGGCCGUGGCCAGCGAUUGGUUGCUGUUAAAGGAGACACAGCAACGGCGGCGUCUCUUUGUUCUUGCCAUCGCAUUCACGGUUCUGGGCGCCGCAAUCGGUGCUCUGGCCAUCUACUUUGCCAGCUUGCAUCAGCAGUGUCAGUUCUAUCCGCGCAACGAGCUAACGGAUGCCGAUGACUACAAGACGAGCUCAGAUGGAGUUGGCCAUGGGGCAGGACGAGGAGGAGGAGGACUGACAGGAGGAGAUGGCGGUCAGGAAAACAUCUGCAUGACGCAGGAAUGCGUGCGAACAGCGGCCUCUUUACUAUCGGCCAUGGACUUGACGGCCGAUCCGUGUGAGGACUUCUUUCAGUUUGCCUGCGGCACUUGGAAUAAAGUGCAUCCCAUUCCCGAGGAUCGCAGCUCGAUCAGCACGUUUGAGGUGCUCUCCGACCAGCAACAGUUGGUGCUGCGAGGCGUUCUCGAUGAACCGAUCGAUGAUCGUGACAACGAGGCAACGAUCAAGGCAAAGACCUUCUUCAAGAGCUGCAUGGACAUACCCCAAAUACGCAAAAUAGGCGUCGGUCGGCUGGAGCAAGUGCUGCGAGCCUUGGGCGGCUGGCCGGUGAUCGAGACGGAUUGGCAGCCGCCGUCGGAUCUGAGCGUGGAGCAGCUGAUGGGCGUGCUGCGACUGAACUACAGCGAAGCGGUGCUGAUCGAGCUGUAUGUGGGAGCGGAUGACAAGAACAGUUCGGUGAACAUACUGCAAAUGGAUCAGCUGCAAUAUGCGUUGCCAUCGCGAGAUUAUUACCUGAAGGCGAGCAGCUACAACGAUCGGCAGGCGUAUCACAAGUAUAUGACACAGAUUGCGCUGCUGUUGGGCGCCAAUCCGGCGACCGCAGCAGCUGAACUUCAGGAGGUGGUGCUCUUCGAGACGCAGCUGGUGAAUGUGUCGCUGGCGGAGGCGGAUCGUCACGAUACGAGCGUCAUCUAUCGCAAGAUGUCGUUGCGUGAGGUGCAAACACUUGUGCCGCAGCUCAACUGGACGACGUAUCUGCAGACGGCGCUGGGCGAUGAUAUCAAACUGGAGGAGGACGAACCGUUGGUCACGUAUGGAUUGCAGUAUUUGCAAGAGAUGGGACACAUACUGAAGCGGACGGAUCGUCGGGUUAUACACAACUAUAUGCUGUGGCGUUUGGUCAUGUCGCUGGUCACGCAUAUGAUUGAUGAUUUUCAGCGGGAGCGAGUCGAGUUUCGCAAAAUCCUGAUGGGCAUUCAAUCGGAGCGCACUCGUUGGUCGCAGUGCGUCGAAUGGACGAACAAAAAGUUGGGCGUCGCUGUCGGUGCGUUGUUCAUACGGGAUAAUUUCAAUCAGGAUAGCAAAGAGGUUGCCCUCGAGAUGAUUCACAACAUACGCGCUGCGUUCAAUGAGCUGCUCGCCGAGAAUCAUUGGAUGGACGAUGAGACACGGGCGGUGGCCAAAGAGAAGGCUGAUUCGAUGAACGAACGCAUCGGCUACCCCGAGAUACUCACCAAUGUCACCGAACUGGAGCAGGAGUAUGUCAAUCUUACGAUUGUCUCCGACAAUUUUAUCGACAAUGUGCUAAGCAUUCUGCACUGGGAGUCGGAGAAGCUGUUGCAUCUGCUGCGCCAGCCGGUGGACAAGGAGAAGUGGACCACUGAGCCAGCGGUGGUCAAUGCCUUCUACAAUCCCAACAAAAAUGAUAUAGUCUUUCCCGCUGGCAUAUUGCAACCGUUGUUCUACAGUCAGCACUUUCCCAAGUCGCUCAACUAUGGCGGUAUUGGCGUGGUGAUCGGACACGAGAUCACGCAUGGCUUCGACGACAAGGGGCGACAGUUCGAUAAGGAGGGCAACAUGAUGCAGUGGUGGAACAAUGCGACCAUCGAGGCGUUCCGUGAGCGCACUCAAUGUGUGAUCGAUCAGUAUUCGCGCUACAAGAUCAACGAGGUGGACAUGUUCAUGGACGGGCGGAUGACGCAGGGCGAGAAUAUUGCGGACAACGGUGGCCUAAAGCAGGCAUUCCGAGCAUACAAGAAGUGGGAGAAGCUGCAUGGGAGGGAGCAACUGUUGCCGGCGCUGAAUAUGACGCACGAUCAGCUCUUCUUUCUCAACUAUGCGCAAAUUUGGUGCGGUUCGAUGCGACCGCAGGAUGCGUUAACCAAGAUCCGAUCGUCGGUGCAUUCGCCCGGCUUUGUCCGAGUCCUGGGUCCGCUCUCGAAUUCGCGCGAUUUCGCACGCGCUUACAACUGCGAAAUCGGCAGCACCAUGAAUCCGGCGAACAAAUGCAGCGUCUGGUAGAGUCUGGAUCACACACGAGCAGCAUAUCGUCAAAUGCUUUUGUAUAAGUUUAUUUUUAUAUAUAUAUAUAUAUAAUAUAUAUAUCAUAUAUGUACCUACUACUACUAC